GUGGCGUUGUUAAUAAAAACAAAUGGCAGUCGCCGUGGCUUGCUUCGAUUAACCACUAAUUACUUAUAAUUAAUACUUUUGUGUUUAUCUUGAUAACUACAUGUGCUGCGAGUGAAAAACCAGUGCUUCUAACCUAAAAAAUGCGACGUUCGUAGUGUUCUAGCGAAAAUUGGGGCCUUUGAGUUGACAGGGGGAGCAAAAUGUUUAGAUUUUUGAGUGGCAGGAAAAACCAAAGCAGAAACAACCAGCACCAGUCGAAUUCUAACAAAAAUUACGCCAGCAAGAAUUUGAUACAGUGCAGGGUUAUUUUGCUCGAUGGUAGCGACUUAAGUGUGGAAUUAACGAAAAAAGCUAAGGCGCGAGAUUUGUACGAGCAAGUUUUUUACUCCUUGGAUUUGAUAGAAAAAGACUAUUUUGGUCUACAAUUCACAGAUGCUAACCAUGUUAAACAUUGGCUGGACCCCACAAAGUCUAUUAAGAAGCAAAUAAAAAUUGGCCCUCCCUACACUUUAAGACUAAAAGUCAAAUUUUACUCAUCCGAACCAAACAAUUUAAGGGAGGAAUUGACGCGAUAUCAAUUUUUUCUGCAACUGAAACAGGACAUAUUGGAGGGGAGGUUGGAAUGUCCGCACGAUAUAUCGGUAAAACUGGCAGCGCUGUCUCUGCAAUCGGAGUUGGGAGAUUACGAUGAAACUCAGCACACAGCGGCAACAGUGUCGGAAUUUCGGUUCGUUCCUAAUCAAACUGAGGAGAUGGAGAUCGAAAUUUUGGAGGAAUUUAAAAAAUAUAAAGGGCUAACCCCCGCCCACGCAGAGCAAAGCUAUUUAAACGAAGUCAAAUGGAUGGAAAUGUACGGGGUGGAUAUGCAUACCGUUUUGGGAAAAGACAGUAUGGAAUAUAGACUUGGCUUAACCCCUACGGGGAUUCUAGUUUUUGAAGAACCCAAUCAAAAAAUAGGGCUGUUUUUUUGGCCCAAAAUAGGUAAAUUGAACUUUAAGAAGAAAAAAUUGACCCUGGUAGUGGUGGAAGAUGACGAUCAAGGCCGAGAGCAGGAACAUACAUUCGUUUUUAGAUUACACAAUGAGAAAGCUUGCAAACACCUAUGGAAAUGCGCCGUGGAACACCACGGUUUUUUCCGACUCAGAGCCCCUGUAAAGGGGCCCUCAGCUCGACAGAACUUCUUCAGAAUGGGCUCGAGAUUUCGCUACUCGGGUAGAACGGAAUACCAGAGUACUUAUCAAAAUAGAGCCAGAAGAACGGUCCAACUAGAGCGAAAACCGAGUCAAAGGUACGGUAGACGGCAAAGUCACGUUCUGCGGGAGAGGCAGAAACAACAAGCGGCGCAAACGACUAGCGAUUCUAGCGAAGUCGCUUCAAGUAAAGUUUCCGACAUUCACCCGUCUUCCAGUAGGUGCAGCGAAAGAUCGACCAAGUCCAAUGCUACCAACACGACGGACAACGAUCCCCUCUACUGCAAAGUCAACGAUGACAUAACCAAGAGUCUCACACCUACAGGUCCGGAGUCAAUAGGGUUGAUCAGUCAAAAUAGCUUCGGUAAAAGUUCUAUAGGACAUAACUCCUUCGGGAAAGCUUCUGUGGGUUGCAGCUCUCAUUAUAGCCCUGUUUUGUCGAAUUCAAGCAAAAACGGUACGCUAAAAAGGAACAGGGCUGCAACUUCAAAAAGUCCAACCCCUAGUAACAACGACAGUCAAUUGGACUUCCUUUUGAAGAGUUUGGCAAAAGAAACGCUGACCGGCAUUAAUAGGGAUGAAGCUAGGAACGAAAUGAGCAAAUGCGAAGAUUCCGACGAUUUAAAAUCGGUAACCAACGAAAUCCCAAACAACAUCGGCAAAUAUUCCAGCGCUGCCAAACCUCUGCCGCCGGGGCAAGUCAAAUGCAACAUUCUCAAGGCAAAACUCGAAGAAGAGUUGAAUGGCAACGCCUCGACCAAGCUGACCAAUCAGAUGUUCGUAUCAGCGCCCUCUAACGACGAAUCGAAUUUGAACUCUCUAAACGCCGCUACCUUCGUUUCAGUGGGGGGUGAUAAAUUGACUUUAUCGGUAUCCGGUCCGACCAGUAACGUCCCGAUUAUCACUGGGUCGUCGCUAAAAUCGCCGAAACUAGAGAACGGAGAUGUAAGCAUACAAAAUCCCGUUACGGUAACAUUUUUCGGUCACAAUGACGGCAAAUUAGGCCAAGUUCUUUUGAACGACAAAAAUCAACCGUUGAGUUUGGAAAGUGAGGUUAACUCUCUAUCCCCGAAAAUCCCCAACGAAAAUCAGAACAACCCUUUCUCGAAUUUACUUCACUUACACGAAUCGAAUCCUUUCCACCCCAAGAACAACCCUUUUAGGGAGGAAAGCACUUUGGAAGCCAAAGAAGAAGAAGAAGAAGACGUGACAGAUGGCAACCCCUGCGAAGCAAACAAUGAAGAUAUUGAUUCGGAGCCCACAACACCCGUAAGCCCAAAUUUAAGCAAACUUUCGCCGUGGUUAGUUUCACAGGAAGUCGUCUCAAAACCGGUAUCAAAAGCGGAAGCGAAUAUUGUCCGGAAAUCCGUUAUAACAACCCAACUAUAGCAUUAUUAUACAUGACUUAGGUACACCGAGAUUUUAGCGUAUAUCUUCUUUAUUUUUAAUUUUACACGAAAACUUGUUAAUAAUGUUUUUUAAAGCGUUAAAUAAUCUACAAUUUUCGUUUUUACAACUUUUUCAUAUCUCGAAGGGUUUUCGAGAUAUAUCUCGUCAAAGAUGGAGGUGUCAUAUAAUGAAGUUUAACGUUAUAUUUUUAUUAUCUCUAAAGCGAUUUUAAUAAAUUAAACGUCAAAUUAAAGCAAAAUAAAUUGUUUUUGCGGCGAUACUUACAAAUUUAAUAUAUCUCAAAAAUUACUCGAGAUAUAUCGAUUUAAAGUUGAGAUAUCUUAAAUUCGUCACCUACAACUAUAACGCCCUGUAUCUUAAAAACCAUAAAUGUUAUAACAAAAAUAAAAACGUCAUUUUGUAGAGAAAACACAACACUUUAAUUUCAUUAAACAAACUUUUUUGUAAAAUCAAAAAUAACAAAGUUAUUCGAGAUAAUACUUAUUAGAUAUUAUUUAAUUAGGCAGCCGAUGUUGCUAAUCCUAUUUAGUAUUAGUAAAAACGCUUUUAUUUUAAGUUUUAUUGAUUUUUUUAC